AAUCAUAAUUGUAAUCUACACUAAUAUUUUAUUUUCUAACCUUUCUUCCACAACAUAGGAUUUCUUUCUUUCAAGAAUUAGAUCUUACACACACAAACAUAAUGUCUUGUAUGGUUAAUCCUCAAAAUCAUCAAGAAAGUUGUGUCCAAGAGAUCAAACCAAUACUCACAACUCAUUUGCAAAACCCUAAUGAAACUUUAGGGUUUUCUUCUCCAAACCAUGAUCCUACAUCCUCCAAUUUUUUCGACAUCUCCGAUCCAUCUUAUUACACCGUUUUCCCUCAACGGCUAACUCAAAGCCGCCACCUGUCACUCUCUCUCCACUCUUCUUGUCGUUUGGACAAUGCUGCGCUAAUGAUCGGAUCAGACAAUCGAAAUGAUCAAGCAAUGCAAUUAUUUGGACAGUUUCAUGAGGUAAGAUAUUCGAGGUUUUUAGGCCCUGCAAAGGAGCUCCUGCUAGAGUUUUGCAACCUUGGAAUCGAUCAAAUUUUUGGUAAGAUAAUCGAACCGAAGAAGAUUUCCGGGGUUUUCGAUGAUUCGAUACAAAGACAGUCUCUUUGUGGCCUUAGCCUUCUUGAAUUGCAUCAAAGAAAAGCUAAGUUGGUCUUAAUGUUAGAAGAGGUUAACACAAGGUACAACCGCUAUUGCAACGAAACGAAUGCCAUGGUACAAUCAUUCGAAGCGGUCGCCGGGAGCGGCGCGGCGGCGCCGUAUUGCUCGAUGGCUUCGAGGGCAAUGUCGAGACACUUAAGGUGUGUUAAAGAUGCAAUCUUGGCUCAAAUUAAGGCAACAAAUAAGACAAUUAAGGAUCAUAAGGACAAUAAUAAUAUUCAUGUCCAAGGGACAACCAAAGGAGAGACACCAAGAUUAAGGAUUUUGGAUCAAACAAUGAGACAAAAAAGGGCUAAUUUCCACCACGUGAACCUCAUGGAAAGCGACACAUGGCGGCGGCCGCAGCGGCGCGGCCUGCCGGAGACGGCCGUCUCCGUUCUUAGGGCGUGGCUUUUCGAACAUUUCCUCAACCCGUAUCCAAGUGAUGUGGAUAAGACCAUUUUAGCCCGCCAAACUGGCCUCUCCAGAAGCCAGGUCUCCAACUGGUUCAUCAAUGCCAGAGUGAGGCUAUGGAAGCCUAUGGUCGAACAAAUGUACUUAGAGGAUCUCAAAGAAAAUAAUAAUAAUAAUAAUAAUAAAGCAUUUACAGACGAUGACGAUCACAAGCCGUCGAUUGAAGAUCCGACGGCCAGGAUCGAAUCAAACCAUAUAUUCAACAAUGAAGGGAAGAAAGUAGGGAACAAAAUUUACGACGGUUUCGGUGCGGUUCUUGAUCCGUACGGUUCCGUGCAGUUCGACUUUUACCCCUACAGUAAGGCCCAUCGUCCCGCCCCCGCCGCCGCCGCCGCCGCGGCGGGUCGCCAGAAUGUGUCUCUGACUUUAGGGUUGCGCGGCGGCGGAGGAUUUGCUCCGGGGGCGGAGGGCAGUCUGUUCUCCGGCGGAGAUCGCAUGGAGGAUUGCGAAACGACGCCGUAUUCGUUGUUGGAUGGUGAAAGCCAGAAUUUGGUGCAGUAUAGGGGUUUCAUGGGGGCAAAUUUCCUUAAUGAUUUUGUUGGAUAUAAAUAAAUAAUUAUAUUUAUAUGUGUGUGGGAUCCAAAUAUAAUUUUUUAAGUUAUGAAAAUUUUUAUUACUUUUUGUAAUUUAUUUGAGGUGAAUUGCAAAUUAGUCUUGUAAUUAAUUUUAAAUUUAGUGAUGAUUAGGGUACUGAUUAACCAUAAUUAAUAAUAAUAAUAAUAAUAGUCUAGGAUGGCCUGUGAUGUAAGAAUUGGACUUGUGGUGCAUCCCUUUGAUAUUUUUUAAAAAUCAUAUGAGAUGUGACAAAAG